AUGCAGACUUCUAUCGCAACUUCUCCGACAGAAGGAAAAAGCUACUACGAAAGGCACGGCCCAAUGACCGCACCGACUAGGACGGAACUAACAACGUUCGUAUCGCAGGUUGAUAUCAGGCUGGUGCCGAUGCUGUGCAUCCUCUAUUUGAUCUCUCACCUAGACAGGGCCAAUAUCGGCAAUGCAAAGAUCCUGGGGCUAACAGAAGAAUUGGGCUUGAGCGGGAUGCAAUAUAAUAUCGCUCUUAGCCUUUUUUUCAUCCCCUACGUUCUCCUAGAGGUUCCGAGUAACAUUCUGCUGAAACAUUUUACCAGGCCCUCGGUCUAUUUGGGUACCCUGAUUGUCAGCUGGGGAAUAAUUAUGACGUUGACUGGCGUCGUUCGAAAUUUCGGCGGGUUGUUGACGAUGCGACUUUUGUUAGGAAUUUUUGAGGCUGGAUUCUUUCCUGGUUCGGUCUACUUGUGUUCGCGCUGGUACAUGCCCAGAGACCUCGCCACCCGGGUUGCCGCAUUCUUCUGUGCAAGUGCUCUCUCCGGUGCCUUUUCCGGUCUGCUCGCGGCUGGUCUUAACAAGAUGGAUGGCGUCGGUGGAUAUUCAGGCUGGCGUUGGAUAUUUCUGAUUGAGGGCUUGAUUACAGUUGUUUUGGGGGUUUUGACCUUCUUUUUACUAGUAGACUCCCCGGAAAUAUCCACCAAAUGGCUUGAUCAGGACGAGAUCCGGUACCUAGUGAUACAGGAAUUCAUCAAAGAAGGAGGGAAGUUCAAGGAGGAGGAUAAGAAGACAUCAUGGAAAGACGUUGGGGACAUGAUGCGGAACUGGAGGAUUUAUCUACUAUCCUAUAUUAUGCUGUGCCAGUCGGCCUGCAACUACGGAACGAAAUUCACUCUUCCGACCAUCACAGAGGCAAUGGGCUUCACCGGUACCAACGCGCAGCUUAUGACCGUCCCGCCGUAUAUUGCCGGGGCCAUAUCCGCAGUCCUGUUCUCCAAAUUGUCAGACCGAUAUUACUGGCGCAUGCCAUUCGUUGCAGCACCCCUGCUCCUGAUCGUCACUGGGUACGCGAUAAUAAUGGGCCUCAAGGGUAGGCUGGAAGCCAACAUCGGGCCUGGGUAUUUUGCAAUCAUCAUCGCUUGCAUGGGUAUCUACCCAACCUACCCAGCCACAGCAUCAUGGGCAAUGAACAAUCUGGCGCCCUCAAAGCGCCGCGCUAUCGGCAGUGCGUUCAACAUCUGUAUGGGCAAUACCGGAGGUAUUAUCGGGAGCUACAUGUAUCUUGACAAGGAGGCCCCGACCUAUCCUACGGGUUUUGGGCUGUCGUUGGCUUUUGGUGGAUCGGCUCUCCUUGUAGCUGUUCUUCUCGAGCUGUCCUUUGCGUAUGGCAACAAGCGCAAUGCUAGGUUGACUGAGACGGAGAUCCGUGAGGCAUACACCGAUGAGCAGUUGCUGGCGAUGGGAGAUAGGUCUCCGUUUUUCAAAUACACGCUGUGA